GAGUUUUGACUCGAUAGAAAACGCUAUGCUGGCUUCUACUCUUUCUCACUCGACAAAGAAGCAUAUGGCCACCGAUAUCAACGCUAAUUUUCUCCGGUAUUUCGUUUCCGAUUUCGCAGUUUCGUCUCCGAUUCUCUGCUCCCUCUCUGAGCCGGGUUUAUAAGACUUUAUGAGACAUGGGUGAUGCAAUUGAUUUAAGUGGGGAUGGAGGUGUAAUCAAGACAAUUUUAAGGAAAGCAAAAGCUGAUGCACUUGGUCCUUCAGAUGAUCUUCCUGUUGUUGAUGUUCAUUAUGAGGGUACACUUGCUGAAAGUGGUGAGGUAUUUGAUACUACACACGAGGAUAAUACUAUUUUCUCAUUUGAAGUGGGAAAGGGUUCUGUAAUCCAGGCAUGGGACAUUGCUUUGAAAACCAUGAAGGUUGGCGAGGUUGCAAAAAUCAUUUGCAAGCCAGAAUAUGCCUAUGGCAGUGCUGGGUCUCCACCAGAUAUUCCUCCAGAUGCGACCCUUAUUUUUGAGGUGGAGUUAGUGGCCUGCAAGCCAAGGAAAGGCUCUAGUAUUAGUAGUGUGUCAGAGGAGAGGGCUAGGCUUGAGGAGCUGAAGAAGCAAAGGGAGCUUGCUGCUGCUACCAAAGAGGAGGAAAAGAAGAAGAGAGAAGAAGCCAAAGCGGCCGCAGCUGCCCGCAUUCAAGCCAAGCUAGAAGCGAAGAAAGGAAAGGGAAAGGGAAAAUCAAAGUAGGGUUUCAUCACAAUUGACUUGGUGAAAAUUUUAGAUUUGAUUAAACAGCAAGACAAAUGAAACUCAUCUGUAAUAGCAUGAGAUUGACAUGUAUAAGAUGCACCAACUUUAUUUUGAAGGGCUUAAGAAUAUCCCUAGCAUUUUAAUGAUGGAAUUGACAUUUGGAUUGAAGAAAUUAAAGCUUCAAACGUAAUGUUUCAAA